AUGCGCUUACCGCCAGACGCCUACACAGUCGGCUGGAUCUGCGCUAUAGCAACAGGAUAUGUUGCCGCAAUAGAGUGUCUUGACGAAGAGCACGGACGACCCCAAUAUUUGGUCCCCCAAGAUAACAACGAUUAUACAUUGGGCCGAGUUGGGAGCCACAAUGUCGCCAUCGCCGUCUUGCCCUAUGGCGAAUAUGGAACAGUAUCAGCGGCCAGCGUAGCAACGAACAUGAUGCACAGCUUUCCCAACGUCAGGAUACGUCUUUUGGUUGGCAUCGCCGGUGGUUGCCCAACUGAGGGGCACGAUGUUCGUCUGGGCGAUGUUAUCGUCAGUGCACCUCGCGAUAGUGAGAGUGGUGUGUUCCAGUACGACUUUGGCAGGACUAUACAGCACCAAGCCUUUCAACACGCACGGUUCUUGAACCAGCCUCCGACUACACUGCGCACUGCGUUCAAUGGAAUACAUGCCCAGUAUAAGAGGAAUGGGCAUCAGCUCGAAGCGACUCUCGUCAGCAUCCUUACAAAAAAACCCAAGGCUGCAACGGGAGUAUCAGCGACCACACACAACUGCUAUGCAGCAACCUGUGCCGAUGAUAUAUCAAAUUUGGUACCGCGACGCGAACGGACUGAACACGAGGACAAUCCGGCAAUUCACUACGGUUUGAUUGCUUCUGCAAACUCGCUAAUGAGGGAUGCUUUGAUUCGGGAUAAGCUUGCAGCAGAAAAGAACGUCCUCUGCUUCGAAAUGGAAGCGGCAGGUCUAAUGGAUCACUUCGCUUGCCUGGUCAUACACGGGAUAUGCGACUACUCGGAAUCCCACAAAAACAAGGAAUGGCAAGGGUAUGCAGCGAUGGCGGCGGCUGCUUAUGCGAGGGAUCUUCUCGGUCGAAUACCCCCAAACAAGGAUGAGGCCGAGAAGAUGAUGCUGACUGGAGACACCCACUCUCUUGAUGAUUAG